UGUGCAGUUGUGUUGUUUCGGAGAUCGAGGAAGUGGCUCCUCAGCUGGAUGUGGUAGCAGACCCUGUGGACCAGGACCAGGACCAGGACCAGAAGCCCCCCUCAUGUGGAUGUCUAAGAAGGGCCACACGUGCCUGCUGGCCUCCAGCAUGGCCUCGGUGGUGCUGCUCAUGAUGCUGCUGUACGGCUCGUUCAGCAGCCAGCAGCAGCUGCAGCCGGGCUCCGGCCCGCCGCAGGACUACCAGCUGCUGGGCAGGCCGCUCUACAAGCUGGACCUGGGCUGGCCCCGCAGCCCGGAGCUCUUCAGCGGGGACGUGUUCGGAGUGGCCGUGGACCAGCAGGCGGGGACGGUGUAUGUGGCCCAGAGAGGUGACAACGUUCCCAAGGUGCUGGUGUUCACCACGGACGGGGACUUCCUCAUGUCCUGGAACACCAGCACCCUGGAGAUGCCGCAUGGGAUCUUCGUGGCGGGCGCGGCGGCGUCCAGCCCCACGGUGUGGAUCACGGACGUGGGGACCGGCCCGUACGGCCACUGCAUCAAGCAGUACUCGCCGUCCGGGAAGCUGCUACAGGUUCUGGGGACACGCGGGAAAGCUGGGUCCGGUUUGGACCCCCUGCAGUUCGACCAGCCGGCGGAGAUCUUCGUGCACGAGUCGGGGGACAUGUACAUCGUGGACGGAGACGGCGGGAUGAACAACCGUCUCAUCAAGCUGUCCAGAGACCGGGAGGUGCUGUGGAUGCACGGCGAGCGGGGGCAGGGCCUGGGCCAGUUCUACAUCCCCCACAGCGUGACGGUGGACGGCGCCCGGCGGGUCUGGGUGGCCGACCGCGGCAACAAGCGGAUCCAGGUCUUCAACUCGGAGACCGGGGAAUGGCUGGGGACCUGGGGCAGCUGCUUCACCGAGGACGCCCCCUACUCCGUGCGCCUGACCCCCGACAGGAAGUACUUCGUGGUGGUGCAGCUCAACACCAACCAGAUCUCGCUGCUGGACGCGCCGCCGCCGAGCCAGGUGGGCCAGUGCCGGGUGGUCAGCGUGAUCCAGCUGGCCGACGACGUCAAGCCCCACCUGGUGGACCUGGACCUGCGGACGGGGGCGCUGUACGUGGCCCAGAUCGGCGCCCAGCAGGCCCAGAAGUUCACCCCCUUCAGUCUGGGCGGGAGCUUCCUGUAGAGCAGAGACCCGACGGCGCGCCGGACCACUGGGGGGCGCCGCCGCGCCCGCCUCCACCCGUCCUCACAUCCUGUCCAAUCACAACGCUUCCUGCUGUUCCCAGAAUGCCACGGCGCUCAGAUGAAGUCCAGUGACCGAACAGAGACGCUCUGUUUGAACCUCAGGUUUGGCCUGAAACACAUCCCGGUGUGUGAGGGAAGCUUUCCACUUCACCACCGGCUCACGGGGUUCGAACAGCGCUGGACUGGGAACCCUGUUUGAUUCUGCUGUAUAUCAAUCAAUAUCUGUCAGUGUGUGGGAGAACUGAGGGGGACCUACUGAUUCGAACUGAAAGGGGAAUGUUUGAGGAAUUCUGCUACUUCCUUUAGGGAUUACAAAUUAAAAGCACUUCGUCAGGAGAGGAGCCUGCUGGCGUGUUCUAAAUAAACAGUGACCGAAGCUCCAGUGAGGAAAGACGAGUUCUGACGGAACAGAAACAGGAGAGAAGUCUGGACUGCAUGAAGCUGUAGAAGCUGCAGCGCCGCGGUCUGAGCCUGUGUUCGACCUCGACCUCUGGGGUCGCCAUGUUGACCCUGUUCUGCACCUGCCUGUCUCGUCUUAGACGUCUCAUGUAUGUUUUUUCUGCCUUGACUUGAAUUUAAAGAAGACUGUGAUUUGAUGAGGAG